UUCAUUCAUAUUUUCUGUUCUAUUCUAUUCUAUUCUAUCUAUUCUAUUCUAAGACAGUGGCAAACUAUCCAAGUCAGUUAUUUCUCAAAUCUUGGCAGCUUGAAGAUGGGUGGACUUCAACUCCCAAAUUUCAUAGGGUAGAUGGCUGGGGAAUUCUGGGAAUUGAAGUCCAACCAUCUUAAAAGCUGUUAAGCAAUCCAUCCAGAUUGUUCCCUGGAGCCGAUCCAGAUCGGCUUUCAAUCUUCAGAAUAACCAGAACUCAAUUAGGAAUCCAUUACUUAAAACCUUACAAAGAUAAACAAUGCGUGAUCGCCGAAUCUACUUUGUGGGAUUGGCCACAGAGAUAGCUUGCAAGCCAUGCGUUGUUAAACGUCGCUUUUCUUCAAUCCUUUUUUUGGGGGGGGGGGGUCAUUUCUCCGUGCCAAACUGCACAUUUGCAAAACUCCCAAUGGCCCCAAGUAUUCAAGCCCCAAAAUGUUUUGUUGCCCCCCCCCCCCCAGACACCACCACCCCCAGGACCUCUAAUUGAAAUACCUGCAUUCUCCUCCAGGUUCACACAACCCUGUAUUCCUAGGAUGGUGCUUGAAGGAAGCGCUGAAGCUGUGAGUUCUCAUCCUCUAACUCUGCGCCGGACCUGUGCCCAAAAUGGGCGAUUUUACCCUUCGGCGGGGGACAGCCUUCUGUUAACCAAAAAGCCCGUGAAGUACGGGGAAUUGAUUGUUCUGGGGUACAAUGGGUCUCUGGCUAACGGAGACAAAGGCCGUCACCGCAGCCGGCUGGCCCUCUACAAGCGACCCAAAGCCAACGGUGUGAAACCGGAUGUCAUCCACCAUAUCUCCACGCCACUGAUGUCCAAAGCGCUGAGCGACCGAGGUCAACACAGCAUCUCCUACACGCUUUCCCGAAGCCAUUCGGUCAUUGUCGAAUAUACUCAAGAUGGCGAGACGGACAUGUUCCAGAUCGGCCGCUCGACAGAGAGCAUGAUCGAUUUUGUGGUGACCGACACCACGCCGGGAACAAACUCAUCCGUGGAUGGGCAGACAGCCCAAAGUACUAUCUCCCGCUUUGCUUGCCGGGUCAUUUGCGAGAGAAAUCCUCCGUAUACGGCCCGGAUUUACGCCGCCGGUUUCGACGCUUCCCGCAACAUUUUCCUUGGAGAGAGAGCUGCGAAAUGGAGGACUCCCGACGGGCUCAUGGAUGGCUUGACCACGAACGGCGUGCUUGUGAUGCACCCCAGCGGCGGUUUCAGCGAAGACUCCACCCCGGGAGUCUGGCGGGAGAUCUCGGUCUGCGGGAACGUCUACGCUCUGCGAGACAGUCGCUCGGCGCAACAGCGGGGAAAGCUGGUGGAAAUGGAGUCCAACAUUCUGGAGGACGGCUCCCUCAUUGAUCUCUGUGGGGCCACGCUCCUCUGGCGCACUUCGGAGGGCCUCCUGCGCACCCCAACUUUGCAACAGCUGGAGCUGCUGCGUCAAGAGGUCAACGCUGCCCGGCCUCAGUGCCCGGUGGGUUUCAGCACCCUGGCCUUCCCCAGCCUGGCCCAACGGGGCGUGGUGGAAAAACAGCAGCCCUGGGUCUACAUCAACUGUGGCCACGUCCACGGUUUUCACAACUGGGGGUUCCGUAAAGAGAAGGGGGGGCUGGAGCGCGAGUGCCCCAUGUGUCGGCGGCUGGGCCCUUACGUGCCUCUCUGGCUGGGCUGUGAGGCCGGGCUGUAUCUGGACGCCGGACGCCCCACCCACGCCUUCUGCCCCUGCGGCCACGUUUGUUCCGCUAAGACUGUCCAGUAUUGGUCGCAGAUCCCGCUGCCGCACGGCACCCACGCCUUCCACGCCGCCUGUCCCUUCUGCGGCACCUGGCUGACCGGCCAGCAGGGUUUCGUCCGGCUCAUUUUCCAGGGACCCCUCGACUGAGCGGGAGGGGGAAGCACGGCUCUCCCGCUGGAGGAAGACAGUUGGAGAACAUACCACACCCUCCGUGGGCCACCGUGGACCACUCAAUCUCGUCAUUUUGAUUGUACUGGACUUCUGCAUCAGCCGGAUGGCCAUCGCAUCUCUUCCCAUCCAAGCAUUUGGGGAGGGAGGGGGGUUGGAUUCCAAUUUGGGGAGACGGAUUCUCCUUGGGCCGCCUCCCUGUCCUCGCCCCUCCCCAUGACCCACCCAGUUGUUCCCUUCCCACCUAGAACCCGUCUCCACGAAGCAGAGGUCCCCACCACGAGGGAACUAUUGCCGGGUUUCCGAAACGGGAGUGCGUCAUUUUGGGGGUCAGGGGCUACGAAUGCCAGCCGAUUAUCUUCAAACAGGGUAUGAAUCGACAGAGGAAGCUUGAAACUUGAAAUCCGUCGCUUGGGCAUUGUAGGCGAUCUGCACGUUGCUGCCGUUGCGAUUUCUCGAACCCCAGUGUUAGGGUUGCCGUGUGAACCCAGCCUAGAUCCGUGUUUGGAUCGGUGGGGAGAGCCCAAAAGAGCUUUGCUGUUGCUAACACAGAGAGAUAUAU